AUGGCGGUACCUCACGCCCUCACGCAGGAGCUGCUGGCCCGCGCCCACCCACCAGACUCUGUCAACCGCAUAUUUGGCGAAAAAAUUCAGCAUCGCACACUGCAUCUACGACGAUCCUCUCCACCACCAUCUGCUCUGAAUGCGCGCAAUGCACGGCGAAAAGCGCGCCUAGAGAAGAAAGAAAGGGAGAAACAACGACCGAAGCCUUUGUCCUCCCGUCAGCGGCGCAAUCUUGGCCUCCACGAUGUGCCCGCUACAGGACAGUCAUACGACAUUUACGCAGGUUUGAAUCAGCUGUGGGCAGGCUACGCUCGCGAGCUUCUCGGUCGAGAGAUCUACACUGGUGGAACGGGCGCUGCGGCGAAACUUGCCAGCGCAGAACUGCAUGGUGCGACGGCAGAAGUUGUUCGCAGUCGCUGUGCUGGCCGCGUUGGCAUCAAAGGCAUCAUUGUCCGCGACCGCAAAUUUGUCAUUGAAAUCAUCACACAGAAACGAGGGCUCAAGUGCGUGCCCAAGGACGGAACAACGUUUAGAAUAUCAGUGCCCGCGGCGCCGGAGGACGCAGCAGUAGAGCAGAAUUCUCAGGGUGCGCAGGUUGCGCAGGUUGCGUCGCAAAUUUUUGCGUUUGAGGUCCACGGCGAUCAGCUGAUGCUUCGCUCUGCGGAUCGCGCGAACCGAAAGUUUAAGCAGCACUUUCUAAAAAAUCUCUGA